CCUUUUUUUCUUUUUCUUUUUCUUUUCUUCUUCUUUCACAAUUAUUAUUUUAAUAAAAUGUCAACCACUGUUGGACAUAAACACGUCGGAUCCGAUGUAGAAUUGAGCUAUUUACGUGAUUUAUAUUUACCCAAGGAAAAGCAUUACGUCGAGCAUAAAGAUAGCACGAUUAUCUAUCGACAUAUCUCUUCUUUUCCACCUGUAAAACAACUCAGCCCGUCUGAACGAAAACGGAUCUUGGUCACGGGUGGAGCCGGUUUUGUUGGAAGUCACCUUGUCGAUCGUUUAAUGUGGAUGGGACAUGAAGUAGUUGUUCUUGACAACUUCUUUACAGGAACCAAACGAAAUGUUCAACACUGGAUUGGCCAUCCUCAUUUUGAACUAGUUCGUCAUGACGUAGUGGACCCUUUCAUGGUAGAAGUAUCACAAAUCUAUCACCUGGCUUGUCCUGCUUCUCCACCUCAUUAUCAAUAUAAUCCAACAAAAACGGUCAAGACGAGUGUCAUGGGCACUAUCAACAUGCUUGGUUUAGCCAAACGUACAAAAGCUCGAUUCUUAUUGACGUCCACUUCAGAGGUUUAUGGGGAUCCUGAGGAACAUCCACAAAAAGAGACUUAUUGGGGACAUGUGAAUCCAAUUGGACCAAGAGCAUGUUAUGAUGAAGGCAAACGAAUUGCAGAGACGUUGACUUAUUCUUAUAUGAGACAAGAAGGCGUCGAUGUCCGUGUUGCACGUAUUUUCAAUACAUUUGGACCACGUAUGUCACCAGCAGAUGGUAGAGUCGUGAGUAACUUUAUCAUGCAAGCGAUCAGAGGAGAGUCAUUGACAUUGUAUGGAGAUGGGGAACAGACAAGAUCAUUUCAAUACGUUCAUGAUUUAGUAGACGGUCUUAUCUUAUUGAUGAAUAGUGAUUACAGUGAUCCAGUCAAUUUGGGAAAUCCUGAUGAAUAUACCAUUAAAGAAUUUGCAAAUACCAUUCGAGAGAUGGUGCUUACACCUCCUCUUUCACCUCAUAAUGUUGAUAUCAAGAUAUUACCUGCAGCGGAAGAUGAUCCAAAGAAGAGGAAGCCUGAUAUCACGAGAGCUAAGACUUAUCUCGGUUGGGAACCCAAGUUCUCUGUCAAGCAUGGUUUACAAGAGACUGUUGACUGGUUCAAAUCACAAGUGGCCGAAGGGGCUAUCUAA